UCUUCUAUCAAAAUGUUUCCAGAUAAGAUUUUGAGCGAGAAGAAAGAGACACCUGGUGCCAUAGUGACGCAGAUGUCCCCCGAGGCGACAGUGUCGACAUCUAAGGGUGGACUGACAAAGAAACAUGUACUGAUUGCCAUAACAACUGUGCUGGUUACACUUCUGAUUGUUGGUGGAAUUGUAGCUGUUACUCAUGAGAUGAAAGAGCGCGACAUGGAAUUCAUUAAGAGCUUCAAAUUCAGAGAUACAAAUGGCAAAGACAACGAGGAGACGGUGAAUGUUAACGCAAAGGAAAGCACCACAGAAAUGAAAGUAACUACUGAGGGAGAAGAUGACUUCUCGCUACUCAAUGAUUUUAAGACAAGAUGACGAUAGAUGGCGAGCCUAGAUGUGCAGUGACACCUAUGAACAAGACGGCGACUCUUUCCCCUGAAACAUUAGAGGCCUACUUGGAAAC